CACUCACACUUUUGCCCUCCCUCACUCAUCACCACACACUCCUUGCUCAGGGAUCGAAUUUGGAAGCUAAGAGAGAGAGAGAGAGAGAGAGAGAGAAAGGAACAAGAAGCGUGACACGAAUGGCUAUUCGACGCAAAGCUGCACCUGACACAUCCUUCGCCCUUGACAGCCGCAUCAGCAUCAGGAUCGAGUCCAAGUCCUGCCUACGCAUCCAUGGCUUCACCUUACACACAUCAUCCCGACGCGGCAGGGGAGCCUUCGUCGCCUUACGACGCUGCCCCUUCUCCCUACGCAGAGUAUGCAAACUAUGCGGAUGAGCAUCAGCAGCAGCACGCUUCUGCGGUAGGAGGCACGGGACACGCGCCCGAAUUAUCCACCAGCUUUUACAACGAAGCAGCGGCUGCUUUGGCUGGACCUGCUGCUCGAGCUUCACCUUUUGCUGCUGCUGCUGCUGCUACGAAUGAGCAGGGCAGAGCAUCCCCUUUGCAAGCCAAUUUGACAUCGCUGCUUCAGAGCCCUUAUGCCAUUCACGCCCACGCCCACGCCCACGCCCAGCAGAGCAGCACGCCCAAUCCUUUCGAAGAGCCGCUUCCUGAUGCUCGGCAGAUGAACAUGCCCAUGAUCAGCCCUGGCAGCAUGUACGAUGACAAGACGGAAGUGGAUCAUACGCCCAUGCCCGCUUUGGGCUACGCUUAUACGCCCCGACAAGAAGGACCUUUUGCUGAUCGUGCAGCAGCAGCAGCAGGUGCGAAUGCGGACAUGGUCAUGGACAGGGAGAUGGAUAUGGAUGGUAGAGGGUAUGCGGGCGGAUACGACUAUGCUCAUUCUGGACCUUAUGAUCAAGUAGGCGGCGGCGGCGGCGAUGCAGGUGGUUUGUAUGGCGAGAAGGAGGAGAUGCAUUAUGCCGGAUCGGACUACGAUUAUGCAGAGGAGGAGAGGCGUUUGGACGCGGCGGAUUUGGAAGGGGGCGACGAAGAGAGGGGAAUGAUGAGGCAUGGUUUGAAUUACGAAGGCUUGCAUUACAGCAGCGAUCAACAUGUAUUUGCGGCAGAUGGGGCGACAGAGACGGGUAUCGCUCCUGCGGAGACGAUGCACUUUGGACCUGCUCCUGCAAGGGGCGCUCAGUUGAGACGCAACAAGACCAGAAAGGCGGUCAAGUUGACCCAAGGUAAUCUCGUCCUCGAUUGUCCCGUGCCCACCAAAUUGCAAUCCUUCUUGACGCGUAGAGGAGAGGAAGAGUUCACGACGAUGCGCUACACUGCCGUCACGUGCGACCCCGACGACUUUGCGGCGCAGCAUUUCAACUUGCGUCCGGCGAUGUACAAUCGCCAUACGGAGAUUCAUAUUGCGGUGACGAUGUACAACGAGGAUGAAAUACUCUUUACGCGCACGCUGCACGGCGUGAUGAAGAACAUUGCGCACCUGUGUUCGCGGCACAAGUCUCGCACGUGGGGAGCAGAAGGAUGGAAAAAAGUGGUGGUCACAAUCAUUGCGGAUGGACGCAAAAAGAUCCAUCCAAGAGUGUUGGAUUGUCUGGCUGCGCUGGGCGUGUAUCAGGAAGGAGUGGCGAAGAAUACGGUCAAUGGAAAACAGGUGCAGGCGCACGUGUACGAGUAUACGACGCAGCUCAGCAUCGAUAGCAAUCUGCAAUUCAAGGGCGCUGAGAGGGGUCUUGUACCUACUCAACUCAUCUUUUGCAUGAAGGAGCAGAAUCAGAAAAAGAUCAACUCUCAUAGGUGGUUCUUCAAUGCUUUUGGCCCUGUACUGCAGCCCAAUGUUUGCAUCCUCCUCGACGUGGGCACCCGUCCCGAGGCCAAGUCCAUCUACUACCUUUGGAAGACGUUCGAUCUCAAUUCCAACGUUGCGGGAGCAUGUGGCGAGAUCCAAGCGGAUACUCGAGGACGUUGGGGUUUGGGACCUGCCCUGCUCAACCCUCUGGUGGCAGCUCAAAACUUCGAGUACAAAAUCAGCAAUAUCCUCGACAAGACUACGGAGAGCGUCUUUGGAUUCAUCUCCGUCUUGCCCGGCGCUUUUUCGGCGUACAGGUACAUCGCCUUGCAGAAUGAUGAGCUGGGAAGAGGUCCGUUGGCCAGUUACUUUAAGGGAGAAACGAUGAAGCAGGCGGAAGUGACGUUUAGCCAUGCUAACAUGUACCUGGCUGAAGAUCGGAUCCUAUGCUUCGAAUUGGCGGCAAAGAGGAACGAUCGAUGGGUGCUGAGAUAUGUCAAGAGCGCAAAGGGAGUUACGGAUGUGCCGGAUUCUUUGGCCGAACUCAUCUCUCAACGUAGGAGAUGGCUCAACGGCUCCUUCUUUGCUGCCAUCUACUCCAUGACGCACACGCUGCAAUUUGGAGAGUCCGGACACGGAUUCUGGAGGAAGUGUUGCCUCUAUGCAGAAGCGCUGUACAGCACCGUCAACCUGAUCUUUGCUUGGCUGUCGCUGGGCAACUUUUACAUCUUCUUUAGACUCCUCACCACCAGCUUGGAGAGCAAGGAAUUCGGACUAAAGGGAAUCGGUAUCCUCAACACGGGCGCGCAGUACGUUUACUUGGGAACGACGAUCAGCUGUUUCAUCUUGGCGCUGGGCAACAGACCUCAAGGAUCGCCGUGGAAGUUCUUUGCUGCUGCAGUCAUCUACGCCAUACUGACGCUCUACAUGAUGGUAGCCGCCGUGCUGUGUCUGGUCAAGGCGGUCAAGAAUAGCCAGCACGAUGCCAUCUACAGUCAAAUGGUCUUUUCCGUACUGGCGACGUACGGAGUAUACUUGCUCAGCAGCAUCAUUGCGCUCGACCCGCUUCAUCUCAUCACCAGCUUUGUGCAAUAUCUUCUCCUUGCUCCAAGCUACGUCAACAUCCUCAACACCUAUGCUUUCUCCAAUCUGCACGACUUCUCUUGGGGCACAAAGGGUAUCUCGACGGAUGCCAAUGAUCUGGGUGCCGUAGUGGCUACGGGCAAAGGUACCGUGGAAGUGAUCUUGCCGACAGCUCAAGCGGACAUCGAUCUAGUGUACGACAAGGCGCUCAGCAAUCUGCGCACUCGACCCAUGAUCAUCCGCGGCGACGCCUCGGCCGAAGCAAAAGCCGAAGUGCGACUAGACUUUUUCAGGGAUCUCAGAACUAGCGUGCUGCUGCUUUGGAGCUUGAGCAAUGGUGUGCUGGCCGCUUUCAUCCUCGGCGGCGAUAAUGUGGGAACGUUUGACCCUGGAUCUGGAACGACUAGGAGCAAGGUGUACAUGAUCGUCGUCCUCGUCUUUAUCGGAGCUAUGAGCGUCGUCAGAUUUGGCAUGAGCACCAUCUUUAUGAUUCAUAGACUGCUCGUCGGAUAAGGCCCCCCUCAGCGCGAUGACGGAACGAUCAAGAGCGCCCCGAUCAUGCCCCCCUUUCAACGUGCUUUGUCCUGCUUUCGCCUUUCGUAACGAAAUCCCUUUCACGACUUGCGCUUGCUACUGCCCCACGCCUCGACUCAUCCUCGCUUCAUUUCCGGCCUCCCAUUACCCUCGUGCUAGCUCAUCCUUCCGCUCGCGUCUUGGCAUUGUACUGCUCUCUCUCCCUUACCUGCUGCCCGCUCACGUCUCUCUCUCUGCUACGGACCAUCAAUGGACAAUGGAAUUGAAGACCACUUGCGC